AUGGCUACCGAAUCUCCAGUUCCGAUAGCCACUGGCUCAUUUUCUACCACAAUUGUUGACGAAGCGAAGCGAUGGUGGGGGACCUACCUCGACAACAUCCGCAAAAACCCCGGCCCUUUUAGUGACCCCGAUGUUGCUGGAACAGAAGAAGCCUUCGAGCAGUUUGAUAAAAUCAAGGUCUUGGUCAUGUUCGUGAUUGACUCCCCGAGAUGCGAGAUCUUGAAGAACUUGGCCAUGUCCAAGUUUAAAGACAUACAUGUCAUCGAUAUGGACACCAUCGAUAUUUCGAACCUCAAUCGACAAUUCCUCUUCAGGAAGUCCGACGUGGGCAAGUUCAAGGCCGAGGUUGCGGCUCAGUUCGUCAUGCGACGCGUUAAGGGCGUUAAUAUCACGGCCCAUAAUUGCGCCAUUCAAGACUUCGACCACGACUUCUACAAGCAGUUCCAGUUCGUGAUUUGCGGCCUGGACAGCAUUGAAGCCCGCAGAUGGAUCAACGCGACGCUCGUUCAGAUCGCCGAGGAGGGCGAAGACCCUGACUCCUUGAUCCCCAUGAUCGACGGAGGCACAGAGGGAUUCAAGGGACAGGCUCGAGUCAUUGUACCCUCGAUUACCUCGUGUAUCGAGUGCCAACUGGACAUGCAUGCGCCAAGAGCUGCAGUUCCCCUCUGUACCAUCGCCUCUAUCCCCCGUCAACCCGAACAUUGUAUCGAGUGGGCUCAUGUGAUUGCCUGGGAAAAGGAGAAGCCAUUCCCCAAGUUGGACAAGGACGACUCUACCCAUGUGUCAUGGCUCUACCAGAAGGCCCUCGCCCGGGCCCAGGAGUUCAACAUCGCCGGCGUGACGUAUGCUCUUACGCAGGGGGUCAUCAAGAACAUCAUCCCCGCAAUCGCGUCUACGAACGCCAUCAUUGCAGCAGCAUGCUGCAACGAAGCAUUCAAGCUUGCCAGCUCGGCCGCGCCGACGCUUGGAAUGGAGGAGAACUACAUGAUGUACUCUGGUAACGACGGAAUUUACACGUACACCUUCAAGCAUGAGAAGAAGGACGACUGCCCUGUGUGUGGACAACAGUCGCGGCCCCUAGAGGUCGACCCCCAGAGCACGCUUCGGGAUCUCCUUGACUCAUUUGCUGUCCGUCCCGAGGCUCAGCUCAAGAAGCCGUCGAUCAGAGCCGACAAUAAGACUCUGUACAUGCAGUCCCCGCUGAGCUUGGAGGAACAAACACGGCCCAAUCUUGAGAAGACUAUACUGGAGCUCGAGUUAGAAGACGGGCAGAAUGUUCUGGUGACAGACCCUGCAUUCCCUCUCCUCCAGUUCAACUUCUACUUGCGGUUCAAGACCACAUAA